UGCUCCUCGCCUUCGUAGUCUGCAGGGUGCCGUGAUCUGGGAGGACACCGCGCUUCCAGUGACCGCGCUUCCAGUGACCGCGCCUCACGUAGCGGUGUAUGGGUGGAGCCUGUGGAGAGCACGAACAAACCAUGUCGACGGCCGCCUCUGCUCGCGCCUCUUCUCUAGGGCUGAGCGGCUCUGGAUUGGCGAUCGCCCUUCCCUCGGAUGCUUCACCUCAAAUGCACGGGUAUUCGAAAGAAUAUUCUCAAAAUGGCCAUGAGAACGGCAACCGCGCUGAAAACGGGCUCAGCUUCUCCACAGACGCGCUCACACGGAAUAGCCUGCUCGGUGCGCAAGUGGAUGCCACAAACACCUGGCGGCGCGAUCUCAAGACGCUAUACACACGCGCUAGCGAGCGGUUCGCAGAUGUUUGCUGGGCCACUGACGCCUCUCUCAGUGACGUCGACAAGAAUAGGUCACCGAGAUCGCUGCGUGGCCCACCUGGAUCCGGCGGUGGGCAUGCGGAAGGGGCCAGUGAAGACAUGGCUGAUGCGGACCAGUGUGCGCUGGAGAGACGAGGAAGUGGCAACAGAACAGGCACUUCGGCUUCACUCAUGAGCUUUGGGAACACCAGCAUUGCGUUGGGUAGAGAUGCAAAAGGGAGGAACCUCAUUUUCGCGCACAAAGCCCUCAUCUAUGCUCGCGCGCCUAACACAUUCCAAACAAAGUACCUGCACCUCAAGACCCCUGCUGCACAAAUAGGAUCGCAAGCAGCCAACGCAUCAGAAUUUUCUCUACCUAACAUCCGCACCUACGAUGUCGACUCCACCGGUGGGCCAGCAGCCGCGCCAAUACAAAACAGCGCAGAUACACCGACGCUGUCGAAUUCUGUCUCGGCCGCGAAUUAUAGCGGCCCGGGUGCUGCCCGACGCAAGUCAGCUCCACGCAGUGCCUAUCCACCAAGCAGCUUCCCCCUACAGCGGUUCGGCAGCGGGAAAGGCGCGCGCAGUGCCUCCACGGGGGGCAGCAAUGGCUCGGAAUCGGAGGGCGAGUCUGUAUCCGCUGUAACUCUGUUAAGUGGCAGGCGCAUUUCGGCGCCCAGGUCAAUCGGCAGUCGCAGGUCGUCCGUCGGUUCCGCUACUUCGAUCAACGACAAGGCGAAAUCAAGAGAAUCACUUGCGUCGGGUGUGCGCAACACGCGAUGGGAGGGUGCCAACUCGGCAGACGCUUCGGAUGCCGAGGAAUUCAGUGGCGGGAGUUUGCGAUCCAAAUUGCGACCACAAGAGCGUUCCGCCCCCUUUGGCAACGCAAGCAGCGUCGAGGUGGAUGCAGCGGACCGCCUCUCGAUUGCUUCUUCCUCAUUUUCCUUCAGUGGAUCCGUGAUAUCAGACGCUUCGAGCGUGCAUACGAUCGGCCGCUCACCCUACCUCCCGCGCCGAGCGUACAAACCCGGGCCUUCUCACCCCAUCUACCUCGAUGGUGCGAGCACAAGCGCUGGCUUCCUCGAGGCGAUCCUCGAGUAUCUGUACACCGGUGAGGAGAGCAUGCAGCAGGCUUUUGAGUUCCUCUAUGAAGAAAAAGACGCACUGAUGGGGUCGGGGCUGGGAGACGGGUCGGGGUCUGGGAUAGGCGGCAGGGAGGAGCGACUGGAGAAGCUGCAGCAAGACUUGACCUACAUGUGGCGCAGCAAGCUUUUCUCGGACAUCAAGAUCGUACUGGAUGACAGUGCGUUCCCUAUCACAGGUCCACCGAUGCGGUCCAUCCCGGACACGAUGUCCGCGCUCUCCUUGCCGAUGAACAUGGAAGAAGACCCGGAAGACGAAGUGACGUCUUUCUCGGCGCAUCGCUUCAUCCUCGCCAGCCGCUCGUCAUAUUUUGCGUCGCAGCUCCUCAGCCCUUUUGCGGAUGCGCGCGCCCCUGUCAUCCACCUUCCCAGUCCUCCCUUCACGCCUGCGGCGUUGCAUUUUGCGCUUGGGUUCAUUUACAGCGGCACACUGAGCUUCAGCAACCGUAGCUUCGACCUCGCCACCGCGUUUCAGCUCUGGCGCGCCGGCGCGUAUUUGCAGCUCGAUACGCUGCAAAGCGUCGUCAGCGCACUAAUCGCGAACGAGUUCUGCCAUGGUUUUAUCUGCUCUACCGGCCCACCUUUAUUAGCAUCAUCACGCGCAGUGCACACCAUCAGAGAUGGGGCGCCAUGCAAGAACUGUGCGCGCCGCGUGCCGCGCACGCUCGCCUUUGCCUCGUGUCACGACGUAAACGACACCUAUCUCCUCCACAGCGCUCGGCGCGCGGUCAGCGGCCCACACUUUGGCACCUACUGGAAUAAAGAUAUCGGCAAUCUGGACUACAAUGCGCGCAGCGCCAUCGUGGACGCCGUUUGCGGCAUGCUUGAGCAGGCCCCGGUCGCUUGCAUUGGUGCCGUCCGGCAGUUGGCGCUUGUCAGCUCACGCGUAGAGGCCGAGCGUUUCGUCGCUUGGGUUGAAGCGCUUCGAUGGAUGAUGGAGAGGGUGGAGGCAAAGUUGAAAGAGACGCUCGAGGCGCAGCUAGAGAAGAUCGUCGAAGACGAUGUCUGGAAGGACCUCACCCUUUACACAGACUUCAACUCUGAUGUGUUGGAGAAGCUGUUGUUGCUGCUUGUCGACUCGUUGACAGAGAAGCGAUGCGCUUUGGCCUACCAGAUCCUCGUUGGCUCAGUGCUCUUGCGAGAGGAAGAUCCCCCGAAGGGCCAGAAGAGACAGACGAUUGAGGAUGCGCGCGCAGGCAUCAUCCGCUAUAUCAAGCGUAGAUGGAUUUCGGUGCGCGCCAAGGCUGGCUUCGAUGGGCUAGAGAACUGGGCGCUCAAGGAGAUCAGCGAUGAGAUUGACGUCAAGGUUGACGAUCUUAUUUCUACGAAUGAGCUUGAAGCCGAAGGUCCUAGGUCGAGGACUGGGCUCAAGGCCACUGUUCCGGCUGCUGCUCCCCAAACGCGUGCGGCCGGAACCAGUGCCACCAUGUCGGGCAUGACACGCCCAUCUGGUGCCAGCAGCAGGCCUGUCGUACGCGAAGGCGAGCGGGAAGCUGGGCCGAUUAACUUGCGCGCAGCUGCAAUGAAUCGAUCUGCUGCAAGGGCUGUGUCGACUCCUGGGACCUCGGGUGCAGCAGAAGCACCCGCUCCAGGGACACGAACCACCUCCUUAUCCCGGACUGCAGCGGCUCCUCGUGCCCUCGAGGCCAGCCGUUUCGCACCUCCUACGCAGAGCACGUCUGCAAGAGUAGGGACACGCUCACCGACAUCUCCAAAAUUGCUGCUGCCUACACCCUCAUCCAACACAGCUUCAUCCACUGCCCGAAGACCAUCAAAAUCGUCUGUGGCUUCAACCGCACUCUCCACCUCUGCGGCGCCUCAUCGGCCAGCAGCACCUUCCGUCACGUCAACCAAAUCGACGUCCUCUGCAACACUCUCCACUGCGUCGACGACCGCUGAAUUGCGAAAGCGUGCGCCAUCAUCACUUUCCAUCAAGUCUUCGAGCGCUUCCAUACGCAGCACGUGCACAGUUGAAAACGGGCCCAAAUCAGCACCGUUGCGGUCCAACACGGAACAAACGCCAAAGAAAUGCGUUGCUAAUGGACGAACAGCUGUUGGAAGUGACAACCACGCUGCAUCACCAACACCACGGCCAGCUGCCAAGAUGCGCAACGCGACGCAGAAUGGCUGGAAUGCUACCGAAUCUGCAAAGCGUACACCUACUCAAUCUGUGAAGACAAUGUGCAGCAUGGGCUCCUUGCGCUCAACUGCAGCAGCAUCAAAGGCGGUAACCGUACCGCCAUUGCCAAAGAAAGUCACACAAGGCAGUCAAUAUGGGGCAAGCUCAGGGCCCGACCAGGAUACAAUCAAAAAAUCGAGCAAGCGUCCGCAGAAGCUUUCCGAGGAUGGCACACAGCGUGCUCGUCCGGCCGCAUCGUCAGGGCCUGCCCUCACCGACACCACAUUCACACCUGUCCCGCCUUCCCCACUGCUCUCUUCAGACUCAAAAGGCAGGGAGGGUUCUGCACUGGCCCCCUCUGCCCACGAUAGCAAUGAUCAAGACAUUGAGGUGCGUCCGAUGAAGAGGACAUGCCUUGCACAUGGCAUUCCUUGCGUGGUAGCACCUAACCAAGCAAGCACACGCAAGCCCCCGCGAUUCAGAGCACUUGUCAAGUACAUCGGCCCUCUGCCAGGGCACCCCGGCUCGUGGCUUGGAGUGCAGAUCCCACCUCCGCUCCCCCCAGCGCUUGAAAGCGACGGCUCCCUAGGGAUUGAGAGCAUCAAGACGGACGGAACGCUCGACGGUAUCCGAUAUUUUGAUUUAACCGCGUCCACUUGCCAAUCGGGAAGCGAGCCAGCACCCACGUCAGACUCCGAGAUCGACGAGGAGACGCGCCUGCACAGGGAGCGACGCCGGAAGCGACUCCAAGAUUUAUUGGCCCGCUCCUCUGAGGGCCUGGACGCUGGCAGUGCCUUCGGUGAACGAACAAAGACGCCAGCUCUUGGCAGUGACCUUCACUGGCGUCGUCGGCAGGACGCAAGGUCCCGCUCACCAAGCUUUGCAGCUUGUAUAGAUAUAAACAGCGAGGACAGCUUGGGCUUUUUCAUUAGGCCGGAAGACGUGCUCUGGGUGGUGAUGCCUGGCGACUAGUCGCGCAGCCUGUGUGUAGUACAUUCCCUAUCUUACAAAAUGCGCAUGACCGCGUG